AUGGAGCAAACAGGCGCCCUGGUGCUGCUGCUGCUGCCGGUGCUGGGCUGCUGCCUCCCGGGGCCGCGCUGGUCCCCGCCCGCCGUGCGGGACUACCACAUCGCGGCGGUGGAGAUCGGCUGGGACUACAUCCACCUGGGAGAUGCUGACCGAGCCUCCGAUCAGGGAGGGAAAUCCAAAACUAUUCCUCAAAAAUACAUCAAAGCAGUCUAUAGAGAAUAUAUUGAUUCCACAUAUACCGUCCCCAAGCCGAGACCAGCUUGGACAGGUAUUCAAGGCCCCGUGAUUGUCGCCCAGGCUGGCGACAGAGUGGUGGUCCACUUUAAGAACUUGGCGUCUCAGCCCUACAGCAUCAGCCCUGUGGGGAUCACCUACUCUAAACAGUCUGAGGGUGAGGAUUCCAAUGCUGUCUGCGGCCAUAUACAGCAGUUUAACUGGUCUGCUUUGGGAGUCAUGCUGUGUGUUGAUCUUCCAGGAGCUGGAUAUGAUGACUCUACGACAGGCCAGGAGAAGGAGGAUGACGCCGUCUCUCCGGGAGGAUACUAUGAAUACGUGUGGGACAUCAGCCCCAAAGACGGCCCCACCAGCAGCGACCCCGACUGUCUCACCUACUCAUACUCGUCCCGGGUGGACACGGUCAGAGACAUGAACUCAGGACUCGUGGGCGCCCUGCUGAUCUGUAAACCAAGUGCCUUCACAGAAGAUGGCCAGAGGAGAGAUCAAGCGUUCGUCCUGCUCUUUACGGUGUUUGAUGAGACUAAAAGCUGGUACGGAGAAGCAGGAGAGAGGUUGAUCAGAGAGAAAUUCAAGAGGAGCGAUGGCAGGAAGGAAUACCACACCAUCAAUGGAUAUGUCAACUCCACUUUACCCGGUUUGACGGUGUGUCAGGGCCGUCAUCCUGUGGUUUGGCACAUGAUCGGGAUGGGCACGGCUCCAGAAAUCCACUCCAUUAGGUUCCAGGAUCACUCUUUACAGGUAAUGAAUCAUCGUAAAGUCACUGUGGAAGUGACCCCGAUGACGUUUGUCACAGCAGAAUUGAGACCUACCAACCUCGGACAAUUCCUCAUUAGCUGUCAGAUUAAUGCUCACCGCCACGAUGGCAUGAAUGCGUUGUUCACCGUGGAGAAAUGCCCUGAACCUGUUCCUGUGCCGAGACCCAACCUGCGCCAGGUCAUAGAUGAAGAUUACAGCAAAGAGGAGCCCCAAGAGGACGAUUAUGAUUACAAGUUCAACACCAUCAAUGUUAUACCGCAAAAGCCCUACUUCCAGGCCAGAUCCAGCAGAGGACAGCAGCCCAAAACAUGGACACAUUUCAUUGCUGCUGAAGAGGUCACCUGGAACUACGCUCCUCAUCUCAAACCCACGGACAGUGAGUUGAAGUCCAGAUAUUUUCCUGCUGCUCCCCAUCACCUGGGCUACGAGUAUAAAAAAGUCGCCUAUGUGGAAUACACAGACGGAUCCUUCACUCAAAGGAAAAGCCCGAACAGGACACUUCUGGGUCCUUUACUGAAAGGAAAAGUCAACGAUCAGCUCCAUAUCAUCUUUAAAAACCUGGCCAGUCGUACUUUUAAUAUUUAUCCGAAUGGCCUCACCAAGAUCCUUCCAUUACAGAGAUCCUCUAAUGAGAACGACUUGCGCUCAGUGGGAAUUCCCCCCAAUGGCACGUUUAGUUACAUUUGGAUGCUGACAACCAAUGAUGGGCCCUUGGAGGGAGACCCUCAGUGUCUGACUCAGCUAUAUCAAAGCACCAUUUCGCCAGAGAGGGAUUUGGCCUCUGGGCUUGUUGGCACCCUUCUCAUCUGCAAGUACAAUGCCUUCGAUGUCAGAGGACGACUGUUGGGACCCGAUGAGAAGCUAAACCUCAUAUUUGCUGUGUUUGAUGAGAAUCAAAGUUGGUACUUCAAGGAAAAUAUGCAGAAGUCCAGCCAAAGGUCCUUCAACACCACAGACCCUGAAUUCUAUGAGUCUAAUGUCAUUUACAGUAUAAACGGGAUCAUGUUCAGUGGACGUCAGUUUGUCAUGUGUCAAACGGAUGUCCCCUUCUGGCAUGUGGCAAACGUGGGAACCCAGAGUGACUUCCUCUCUGUCUAUUUCACUGGAAACUUGUUUCAGUAUCAAGACCUACACCAAUCUGUCCUCACCCUCUUCCCCAUGACUGCAGUCACUGUCCCCAUGGAAACCGAGCUGCUUGGCGAAUGGGAAAUCAGUGCCUUUGACAGCAGCCUCAAGAACCGGGGCAUGACCAUCCACUACACUGUUCGUCCCUGCAACAACGGAGAUCUGCCUGUAGUCGAUCAAGACUUUGAUGAAGAUAUCUCAGACUAUUUUGAUGAAUUAAAUUUCCAGCCAAGGGGCUUGAGACCUAAAAAUGGCACGGUAUUGGUAAAGGUGUGCAAGAAACCUUCAGUCAGAAACCCCAAUGAUCAAAAUGUCACUGUGGACAAAGCUGAGGGUUCAGGUGCAGCGUGCCAGCUGAGGAGAGUGCCGGCGAUGUCACUAGAGAGGACAAAGCCUUCCACGGAUGGAGGAAUCCCAGACGACAUCCUGGAGAAAAUAGCAAGGGAAGAAGAGUGGGCCCAAAAUCAGACUUACCUUGACAAAAACAGAGGUAGCAGACAGCGAAGACAAGCCGAUGGGAAUUGGACAGAUGGAGAUGCAAGUUUCCGACUCUUGGGAGAGGAAGGAACAACGAUAGAGAUUGUUGCAGAAGAUGUAGACAAUGUGACUGACACAGAUUCAGAGGUAAAGACUGAAGAGAGGAGGGAUAUGCUCACUGAAACAAAUGGCACCACAAUAGAACUUGAAGGGAGUGACAACAUCAAAGCACCAGCAACUAGUGAAGUCUCAGCUAUAGACUUAGACUCUUCAGAGGACAUGGAAAGCUUUGUAUCUCCAACUUAUGAUGACGCUAAACCAGAAAGGCUUAAAGUUGAUCUUAUGGAUCUUGACUACAACUUCACAGACGCCAAUACAACACACCUUGAUCUGUCUCUUGAGUACGAUGACUACAGUUAUGAGGUCAACGGCACCUCAGAUAUUUUUGGUUCAGAUUACAUAAACCCCCGUUCUGGAGAAAUUAGACCUCGCCACUAUUACAUUGCAGCGGAGGAGAUCACCUGGGACUAUGGUAUCAGAAUGCCACAUCAGCUCAUCAAACCAAGGGAGAUGCGUCGGGGCAUGAGGAAGUUCUUGCCUGAGUAUAAGAAGGUGGUGUUUCGACAUUACUUGGAUAAAGACUUCCAGCAUCCCGUGGGAAGAGGGGAGCUUGAAGAACACUUGGGCAUAAUGGGACCUUUUAUCAGAACAGAGAUUAAUGACCUCCUUACUGUGAUUUUCAAGAACAACGCAAACAGACCCUAUUCGUUUCACCUCCAUGGAGUCUAUGACCGAAGCCAGGGGGCCGGCAUUGCACAAACUAGUUCUUACUCUGCUCCGCCGGGGGUUCCGGGAGAGCCUGUGCCUCCUGGAGAAGCCCGCACCUAUAACUGGAGAAUAACCAAGAAACAGGGACCCUCUGACCCCGAAUUUGACUGCAAGACUGGAGCUUACUACUCCACCGUGGACCAGGAGAAGGACCUCCACUCAGGUCUGAUUGGUCCACUGGUGAUCUGUAAGUCUGGGAAACUGCAAAGUCGUCAGAACAACCAAAAGGGCAUCCAGGAAUUUUCCUUGCUCUUCCACACCUUUGAUGAAACUAAAAGCUGGUACCUGGAGGAGAACCUCCAGCGAUACUGUGCCCCUCCCUGUCAGGCCAACACAGAGGAUCCCUGGUACCACACCAGCAAUCGGUUUGCAGCGAUUAACGGGUAUGUGGCUGAAACUCUCCCCGGUUUGGUGGUCGCUCAGCACCAGCCGGUGAGGUGGCACCUUCUGAAUGUGGGAAGCGACAAAGAGUACCAUGCCGUGCACUUCCAUGGUUUGCCUUUCACUGUGCACGCAAAGCAGGAGCACCGAAUGGGUGUCUUCAACCUUUUCCCAGGUGUUUAUGGUACAGUGGAGAUGAGACCCCCAACAGUCGGCACAUGGCUGGUGGAGUGCACGAUAGGAGACUACCAACUGGCUGGAAUGAGGGCUAAACUGUUGGUGUAUAACCCUGAGUGCUCCUUUCCUCUGGGAAUGAAGUCAGAAAGAAUUGAGGAUACUCAAAUCACAUCAUCAGAUCACAUAGGUAACUGGGAGCCAAGGCUAGCCAGGCUGGAUCAGUCUGGGUAUAUCAAUGCCUGGAUGGGCAGAAGCACCCAGUCAUGGUUACAGGUUGAUCUUCAGAAGCCCACACUGUUGCAUGGCGCGAUGACACAGGGAGUCAGGUCGAGGCUGAGGGACCACUACAUCACACUCUUCACAGUCUCCUACAGCCUGGACGGAGAAACAUGGACCACUUACAAAGGAACAAGUCCCAGGAACAUCAAGCUCUUUCAUGGCAACCUGGACAGCUCCAAGGUGAAAGAAAACAGCUUCUCUCCACCAUUCGUGGCUCGCUACAUCAGGAUUAAUCCACACCGCUAUGUGCAAAAGCCCGCGCUCCGACUGGAGCUGCUGGGAUGCGAUCUCAACAGUGAGUUGUCCGGGUCGUGUCCUGUUCCGUUGCACUGCACAGAAUGGUCUCGCUCAUGCGUGUUUUGUUGCAUGCGACCAGGCUGCUCCCUGCCUCUGGGACUCCAGAGAGGGCUGAUUCCCGACAGCAGCUUUGAUGCCUCCUCAUAUUAUUCCCCCCUGAUGCGCAGCUGGAAACCCAGCCUCGCCCGUCUCCAUCAGAGCGGGAGCACCAACGCCUGGAGGCCAAAGCUGAAAAUGUUUCCUGUGUCCUCCUCUCCUCAGAACAACAACCCCCACGAGUGGCUGCAGGUGGACCUGGGCAAAGUCCGACGCGUCACAGGUGUCAUCACGCAGGGAGCGCGGUCGUUAAUGACCCAGAUGAUGGUGACAGAGUUCUCGGUCACCUUCAGUCAGGAUGGGCGUUCCUGGAGCAGCGUGCUAGAGAAAAGCUCCCAAAAGGAACAGAUUUUCACUGGGAACAGUGAUGCCGAUGAUGAAGCUCUUGCCGUUUUUGACCCUCCCGUGUUUGGCCGCUACAUCCGCAUCCACCCGCGGGGCUGGAUCAACGACAUCGCCCUCCGGCUGGAGGUGCUGGGAUGCAACACGUAG